GUCGCGAGCGGUCGCGGCGACGCGCGAACAAAAAACUUUAAAAAUAAAAAUAACAAGUGCCAGUGUUACCUGUGUGCCCAGUUGCUAGAUUACAGUGGAUUCUGUUAGAAAGUUUCACUAUUUCUUCUCGCAAAAAGGGGUUACGUGAUUUUGUUGGCCACGAUUUUCCGGUAGAGAUACAUAAUGCUGAGACAACGCAUGAAGUUCCGCAAGAAACGAUGAGAAAAAACCAAACGUCACAGUGACAAUUACAAUGUGACAGUUAAGUGACAGACACCACGAAAACUUUAAACUUCCAACCAAAAUACUCUUCCAAAAUUCUCUAAUAGUUUAUAAUCAAGAAAUAAGUGCCAAUAAUAGUGCAAAAUUAGACAACAAAACGCCAACGAACAUUCAAAACGCAACGACAAAUUUUAGUGCCACACAAUACUGCCAACAUAACAAGUGUCACAGAUUAAAAAUAACGUUAAGUGCUGUGAACUCUUUGGAACUUUCGCGCCUUUUUAAGUGACAAGUGAGCUGUCAAACCGGUUCGAAGGAGGUUAUGAAAAGCGAUGGAUCUCCACGCUCCGCCGCUGGUUGUCCAUGGGUAUGAGCCUCACGCGCCCUUGCUGGAGGUUGAGGGUCUGGACCCUCACAGUCCUCAGCAGAAGGUGUUGAUACACGCGCCAUCUUUGCAAACCCAGGAGCUGAUCAGUAGCGACCAUCGGAAUGGAGAGUACGACUUUGCAGAUGAGCAGUACCACGCGCAUAGCAGCAACCAGGGGGGCGAUGGUCACGGAGGCGUGAACCAACUGGGCGGAGUGUUCGUGAACGGACGACCCUUACCCGACGUGGUGCGGCAGAGGAUCGUCGAGCUGGCGCACAGCGGGGUGCGGCCGUGUGACAUCAGCCGGCAGCUGCGGGUGUCACACGGGUGUGUGUCCAAGAUACUGUCUAGGUACUACGAGACCGGCAGCUUCAAGGCCGGCGUGAUCGGCGGCUCUAAGCCGAAAGUGGCGACGCCGCCGGUGGUCGACGCCAUUGCGGCGUACAAGCGAGAGAACCCGACGAUGUUCGCCUGGGAGAUCCGGGACCGGCUGCUGAGUGAAGGGAUAUGCAGCCAGGAUAACGUGCCUUCUGUAUCUAGCAUUAACAGGAUCGUUCGCAACAAGGCGGCGGAGAAGGCGAAGCACGCGCAUCAUCAGCAGCAGCAGCAGCAGCAGCAGGAGCAGGAGAUCAGCUCGGCGCAGGGCAGCGUUGUUUCUGUAAUAACCCACGCGGGCAACGCGCCCGGCACCACCGCCGUGCUCUCCCCAAGCGCGGAGCAGCACGUGCCAAACACCGGCAGCUACAGCAUCAACGGCAUCCUCGGCAUCGAGCAGGUGGACGCGCUGCACGGCGCCGGCCUCAAGCGGAAGCGGCACGAGGACCAAGACGAGAACCGAGACUUCAACAACCAUUCGGAAGACGACGUCAAAAGACAGCGGAGUCAUUACAAUGGCGACCAAAUAUACUCUAAUCAGUUAUGGUCGUCAUCGAAAUGGAGCCUCAAGGACGAGUACAAGCUGCUAUCCGAGCUGGGCGGCGCGGCGGGCGGCACGACCGGCUACUACGGCGAGCUGUUCGACGCGCCCUAUGAGCACGCAGCCCACCCACACUACACGCCGCACUCCGCGCUCGUUGGAGCCCCCAAGACGAGUACAAGCUCAGAAGCGGGACUAGUUACUACAUAUUACAAGCACGCCGCCCACCCGCACUAUACGCCGCACUCCGCUAGGUACUAUACUAGCGUCCUUACUAGCGCUCGUUGGAGCCUCAAGGACGAGUACAAGCUGCUAUCCGAGCUGGGCGGCGCGGCGGGCGGCGCGACCGGCUACUACGGCGAGCUGUUCGACGCGCCCUACGAGCACGCCGCCCACCCGCACUACACGCCGCACUCCGGGUCUAUACUAGCGCGUACUAGCGACACUAGCGUACAUACUAGCGCUCGUUGGAGCCUCAAGGACGAGUACAAGCUGCUAUCCGAGCUGGGCGGCGCGGCGGGCGGCGCGACCGGCUACUACGGCGAGCUGUUCGACGCGCCCUACGAGCACGCCGCCCACCCGCACUACACGCCGCACUCCGCAACGAACGACUCGACGGGCUCCAACGGUGGCACCGGCAGGGAGCCACCAUAG